AUGGAACAUCAUUUCAUGAUGGGCAUGCUCACACGACCUCAUAUACGAUCCGCUCCGGAGAUAGUUCGCAACGGCUUUAGUCUGCUCGCUCUACGCGUCCAGGGCUGGGCCAUGGUAUGGGGUGAAAGCAAGCCGUUGUACCGUCUCUCUGAUGAUGACAAACAGAUGAUCAUUGCAAGCCUGGAUGGUUUUUGCGUCCAGGAUGACUGGGACAGUAUAUAUUCCUCUCUUCCCCCUGGCGGUCGUGCUGAGAUUGGUAUUGUUUUAUUGGAAACCAUGAUGAAUAAGUUCAUUUACGAUAAAUUUGCCGCCUCUACGUUCUGGUUCAUGGAUGCAAAAAUGGAUGCUACUGACCAGGAAGGCGACGACAACUUCUGCAAACGACUUAACUAUGUCUAUGAGAGGUUCAAGGAAACAUUGCCCAAAGACGCUGCCUGGUGGAAGUCGACCCUCGUGAGCGUAUGUAUGAUGAGAGGCUCAGAAUGGGUGUCCAAUCCUCCUCCCACACCACUCCUUCAUGCGACAUCGGAACGCCGAAAGGCCCUCCUCAAGGCGUAUGGAGACGAACUGCUAGCGAGCCAGCCAUUCCAGCUCUUAUUCCGAGGCUCACUGAGCGAGGAAGAUCAGGCAAUACGCGAAGAAAGAACUCGCGAAGUCCUAGAGGAAGCUGCCCAUCAGUUCACCAGUCUCCAAGGCGAUAUGUUUGGCAAUCUUGUAGUUGAACUACUGCCUGAGCUUCCGAUCUUUGAUCGCCAUGCCAAUAACAUGGAUCAUCAUAUCCUUCACGUCGGCUUCAUGCCUCACCACGGUGCUCGGGUUCUAAUCGUGACACGCCCGCAUUACAGCUAUCAUGACAUUGUAGCAACCAAUGGUUGGCAAUCUCGGCCUCCUCUCCAGAUCGUUACCGCAAGGGUCCUGACGGCACCUAAGGGGCCCAAAGCUCGGGCUCGAUGGGCUGCUGCUGGCGAUAAGCCCAUUUUUGUCGCGCAGGGUCAUGACAAUACCGCGGAAAAGGAGGGAGUUGGCCAAGAGGAAGAUGUUGAAGAAGGUAGUGAUGGUGAAUACAAGCCACGGAAGUUGCGGAGGACAUAUUUGCGAGGAGCUGAAGAUGAAUGA